UUUCAUUCGCGAUAAUUCAAAACCUCUGCCUGCAUGUUGUCCCUCAUCCGGCCUGUAGGGGGCAGCAUCUGCUUUAUGACGUAUUUCCGCCCCCGCGGUUUGUCACGAGAGAAGAAGAAACUUUGGCUCCUGAACCGAAGAAGUGAAACGAAGGUACAGACAGUCCGGAAACCAACCCGGGAAACAAAAAAGUUUGCUUGUCAUGUCAUCAAGAUGGCUGCCAAUCUGAACAAUACGAUGGACGACACUGAUCUAGAGAUGGCCACGCCAGCAGGCAGCUCUUCCUUUGGGGAGGCAGUGUCUGGUAGAGGACAGAGUGCGUCUGGUGAAGAAGAGGAUGACGAGCUCUACUACAUCCCUGAAAGAAGACCCUCUCUGGACUUGGGACCGAGUCCGAUGGAUACGAGCCAGUGGCAUUAUGUGGAUCAGGCCUCGCUUCCAGCUCUGGGCUACUGGUCAAUGACAAGUGAGGAGAGCUCAGACGACAUCACUGACAAAGAUGGAUCCUCCACGAGGGUCCAGCUGGACAGAGCCGAUUCAUUCUCUAGCUGCUACUCCAUGGACAGUGACGACUGUGAAAAGAGAAUCCCUAAGGUUAAAAACAAAGAUGAUACCCCUGUAGAGCCUUCUGACACUCCUGAGUUAAUCCGUGACCCAAAUGAGAAACGACAUCCUUCUAUGACUGUGAAAUUCACAUUUAAGGCUAUUUGUACAACCCUUGGGAAGCUGUCAGAGGGAGAUAUUAGAACAUUCAAGAGGAUGCUGUGGAAGCGUUACCCGCAGUCAUUCAACAUUCCUCCACAAGGCAUGGACAUGGUGGACCUUGUGGACCGGCUGCUUGAGUGCUAUGACCUGGAGGUGUCCAUGCAGAUCACCAAAACACUUCUUGAAGCAAUUGGCCAGAAGAAGCUGGUUAGGUUCCUCGAGACUUUGUGCCUCAGAAAUGAAGUACGUCACGAUUUAUGCGUGACCCUGAAGAGUAAAUUCGGCGAAGUAUGUGAGGGUUCACAGGGAGAGAAGAGACCCCUUGAUGACGUCUUCACUGAUCUCCACAUAACCACAACAUGUGAUAAUGGCCCAAAUAUUGAACAUGAGGUCAUGACCAUACCAAAGCUGGACAGCAACCGCGAAGAAGGGAAACUGCUUUCUACUAAAGAUGUUCUGAGCGCUAAAAGGCUGGAGCGCUCAAGCUUUAAGCUUCUAAUGAUCAUCGGAGUGGCAGGGUCAGGGAAGUCCAUGGCGGUCAGAAGGUUGGUCCUCGACUGGAUGGAAGAGCGGUCCCACCAACAUGUGGCUUUCUUGUUUCCCUUGCUGUUAAGAGAUCUCAAACAGUUUGAGGGUUCAAAGAUCUCCCUGUUGCAAAUAUUGAACACACUGUACCCCGCAACAAAGAAGCUAAGGGAAGAGGAUUUUACAUCAGAGGAUUGCAAAAUAAUGUUUAUCUUUGACGGUCUUGAUGAGUACAAUGGUAAACUUGACUUUCAUAACACUGACAUUCUCAGUGAACACACCGAUGUCACCACACUGAACGUAAUCGUGGUCAACCUCCUCAGAGGGAGGCUGCUGUACCGCGGCUUAUUCGUGAUCACCUCUCGGUCGCAGGUACAGCGCUACAUUCCUUGGGACACGCCUUACGAUGAGAUCGACGUGUGUGGUUUCCGUGACUCUGAAAGGGAAGUGUACUUCAACAAGAGAUUUCGGGACCCAGAUCAGGCAGCUCAAGUUAUCGCGUACAUAAACUCUUGCAAAACCCUCCGCAUCAUGUGCCACCUCCCCUUGUUCUGCUCUCUGGUGGCUGAUGAGCACGAGCGCAUAUUUAGGCAGCCGGGGGCACAGGCAGAGCUGCCCAGGGGCCUCACCAACAUUUACACAAAGCUGAUGCUCACACUCAUACGCCAACAACGCAUAUUUCGAGCUCCAGAUCAUAGCCCAGAUAAAGAGAGAGAAUUCCUCACGAAACUUGGAAAACUGGCCUAUAACAUGCUGGAAAAGAACCAGUUUAAGAUCACCAAGACAGACUGGAAGGAGACUGGACUCAGCGCUGAGGAGGCUGUGAUCAACAGCGGCCUGUGCAUACAAUACAUCACAAAGCCAUUUGUCUUAUUUCAGGAGAAGGUCAUCAGCUUCAUCCACCCCACCAUGCAGGAGUACAUGGCUGCCCUGUAUGUGUUUCUCUCCUUUAGAAACCAGGGCAAGAACAUUUUUGAGCAGCACCUGAAACAGAAGGUCCGGGGGAUCCUAAAGGGACACAAGUCAAUCGAACUGUACAAGAACGCUGUGGACAGAAGCCUGCUGUGCGAGGACGGCAAACUAGACAUUUUCCUGCGUUUCUUGUUUGGCAUGAGUGUCAAGACCAAUCGGGAACUUCUCAAACCGUUCUGCACGUCUUCUUUCAAGUGGUCAGCGUACACUGAAGAUGCCGCUGCGCUCAUCAGGAAGAAGAUGAGUGAAAACCAGAAUCCUGCGAGAAAUAGCAACUUGCAGCGUUGCCUGGAAGAGCUGGGCGUGUGAGCGUCAGAGGCGGCAGGAAGCGGAUGUAACGCUGAUCACUGUGCAAAAUCAUUUUGAUUCGAAAGAAGUGUCAAGACUUCCACUACCAGUAGGAGGAAAUCUGUUUAGGACAUGCUUCUGUCCUGAUGAUGAAACACAUUUCUAUUCCUAGAACACACGGAGCACUAAUGGAGCCAAACUUAACCACGUCUGAAGUUACACUCAUGUGCCAAUGAUGUGGUGAAUCUCUCUGAGAAAUGGAGAUGGUGUGAUUUAAUACGUGGUGAUACUGAUUUACAAAAACUGACAGACUAUUACUUGUCUUGUUUUUAUAUGUUGCGUAUGCAAUCAAAACGUGUUUUCAUAUACAUUCAUUAUUGCCACUGCUGCCAGUUGGCCCUCUGUUGUGUGUCAGAAUGUUUCAGCCUUAAAAUGCCUUCACAUGACUUUAGCUGCACUAAUAACACAGUAUCAUGAGUGAUAUUAUCGCCUUGGGCUAAGAUAAUAAAUUAUUUUGUUUGUAACUUGUUGA